AUGGAUUCAUUUCACCGCUUGGGCACCAAAAGGUCUACCGGUCUCGAUCCAGAGACCAACGCAUCCUUCGCGGAGCGUUCUGACAUUGGGACCGAUCUGCCUGACACCGCCGCUGGCGAGGGCAAUGCAAACAGGAGGAAAAAGAAGUUGACGUACAAAGAUCAAUUUUACGACAAGAAUUCACGUGAGACUAUCCUUGUGUCUUCGGCUGCCAGACGGAAGAAAUCGUCCAAGAACAAGCAUAGCAGUGUGGUGAUUCAAGUUCGGAGAAUAUACUCAGAUAAGGGGGUUUUUGUCAAAACCGAAGUCGACAUCAAGGGGACGUUACUUCUCGAAGAAUUGAAGAGCAUUCAUGAGGAUACGCGUGGAGUCUUCCUCGGGGAUACCUCGAAUACAGUAAAACCGGAGCUGUUGUACUGGUCACGUAACGAUAUACUCGAGCGUAAACAAGCGCUCCAGAAUGGAGACCCAAGCGAAACGCAGGAAGCUAUCAUUACGGAACUUGAUGUCGCUCUCCAGUUCAUUGAAGAGGAAUAUGGCGACUUGAUACCUAACGUUGAGCAACUCCUCAAGGAGAAAAAGAUGACGUUCAACAACCUAUGGACAAUACUUGCACCCAACACGCUGAUCUACUCAAAAGACGAACUGGGAAACGAUCGAAUUCACCGCCUUGAAGCCUCGGGAGUGACUCAGGACCAGAACGGAUCCUACUAUCUUGCGAUAUCUGCUAAUCACAUAGAUUCAGAUGGUGUACGACUUGGAAUCGUGAGAGAGGGGCUCAGGAUUCCCCAAUUUGAGGGCGCUCUACCCAUUGAGGUCAAAGAAGCCAUGCAAUCUGAGCCCUCCGAGAAAUUUCAAACAAUGGCCUUCGGCUACGUGUUGUCUGAGAAAAAGGAGAAGGAAAAAUCCAAUGUCGAAGAACCGUCUUUUCGUGGUCCGCGUCUUCUGUCCAAUGCUGAAACUGGAGCAUCAUCGGGCUAUGGACCACGAGCUUCACGUUAUGGAACAUCGGCUCCGUAUCCCCACCCACCACCGCCGCCUAGACCUGUCAGGAGGCGUCGCAGGGCCCAGGACUACUAUGAUCCUGAAGAUUCACCCGACGACGAGCAUACCUCGGAAUCCCGAAGUUUCUACAAGAAGGAGGAUAUGACAGAUAUACUGAAAGUCAUGCUUUCGGGCAAGGUGUAUGGAUUCAGUCUCGGAGACUCAACCUGGGGGACUUUCUCGGUCUCUCGAGUUGGAAAACCCGAUUGGAACCCGAACGUCUGGGGACAACUUGUCAUGAAUGCGCGUCAGAAAGAACUACUGGAGAGCUUAAUCCGGUCUCAUGGAAAGGAACAGUCUGGCUUUGAUGACAUCAUUAAGGGUAAAGGUAAAGGCUUGGUGGGCCUUCUAUUGGGUCCACCGGGUGUAGGAAAGACAUUGACGGCAGAAGCUGUAGCUGAGAUCUCUCAGUUGCCACUAUACGUCAUGUCUUGCGGUGGGCUUGGAAGUGAUGCGCAUGAGAUCAAUAGGUCGUUGAAGACGUAUCUCGAGCUUGCCUCAAGGUGGAAUGCUGUACUUCUGCUAGACGAAGCUGACGUUUAUCUUGCGAAGAGAAACGACAAUGACCUGGAAAGGAAUGCCAUUAUCUCUGUAUUUCUGCGAGAGAUCGAGUAUUAUACUGGAAUUCUGAUCUUGACCACCAAUCGGGCUCAGUCUAUCGAUCCGGCCUUCCAAAGCCGUAUUCACUUCUGCCAUCACUACCAUCGCCACAAUACCUCCACUCGGAAAAAGAUUUGGAAAACAUUCGUGGAAGACUCCAGGAAGAAUCCUAGUAUCCAUAUCGACAUCAGUGAAGAUGGGUUCGAUGAACUGGCUACCCUCAACUUAAACGGUCGCGAAAUCAAGAAUGCAAUGAGUCUCGCAGUAUCCCUGGCCGCCAGCAAUCCUGGAAACAACCUAUUGCAAGCUGAAAGGAUUAUCGACAUCACCAAGCUUCUACAGAAUUUCAAUUUCGUCGAUGAGGAUGAACCUGAGGAUAAGGAAGAGGAGAAUUGCAACGACGAAACUUCACUAAAGCUUCAAAUCGACUUGCCAUGCCAAGGGGUGGCUGAGAACGUCCCAGAAAAAGUGAGAGAUCGUCGACCGCGCAAGACUGGUAUACCCAAAAUCCAGAUACGCAAUCGCUCAACAGAGUCUUCGAAUGCUGGCAUCGCGAACGGUGUUUGA